AUGUUAUUUGUUAAUUUAUUUAUUUAGUAGGCAUUUUGUUUGAGCAGCUAUUAAUCUGGUUUCAAAACUUUGAACUGUAUCAAUGUACCCGAAGUUGUAACUUUUCCUAAAUAAUUUUCGCUAAUUCCACAAAUUAUUUUUACGCUAUCUUAAAUUAAUUUUUUAUCUAAUCAGGCAUAAUUCGAAUAUUAAACUACAUCAAUAACAACUGAAGGUAAUUUAUUAACUGCCAAUUAGGUUUUAUAAUUGAUUAUAAUUGUAGCAAUAAACAAAUUCUAUAAGUAAUCGUUAAAUGGGAAGCAUUUGUUGAUCAAAGAAUAUAAGUCAUUAAUGUCUAUAAUAGAAAAGAACCAAAAAAUGAAACAUUAUCACAUAAUAAUCCUAAUGCUUAGUUUGGAUUUCUAACUUUAACAAGUUUUAGUUAUUUCUAAUAAAUAAACUUUACCAUUGAAGUAUUUGUUCUCUCUAUUCGAGAUAAUUAAAAUAACUCCCUUAGAAGUUUUUGUGGGGAUAUCAAAUACCAAUAAUUUGUUAGAAAUUGGUUAUCAAAUCAUAUUGGGCAUAGAUGAAGCUUUCGUUAGUCUAGGCUAAUUAAGUGCUACUUAGGAUGUUAAAAUUGCUUAUCCUAUUUUCCCUGAUAAAUUUUUCAUUACCCCUUAUUUGGGUUUUAUAUUAACUCCAAAUGAUGUUAUAAAUCUAAUUUCAUCUCAAGAUAUUUCCAGUGAACCAGGAAAAGUGGUUUAUUAAAUAUUUGAAAAACCAGGCGAUGGUUUGUAUACAAGAAAUACUCAUUUGAGAAUUUGGGUUUCCAGAAGUUUUUCUAUUUUAUUUAAACCUUUUCGAUAUAACAAAAUUCAAACAGUUCAGAAAAGUAGGUUAGACUAAGAUAUUUAAUCUUCUAUUCAACUUAAGUUUGAUCAAAAGACUCAAAUUUAUUAAGAUAAAGGAAAUUAUAGAAUACUCAUAGAUAAUUCAACAUAGCUAAUAACUGUGGGGAUUCAAAUAAUUUGCGAAUAAGAUUAAAAGAAAUCAAUCGAGUUUCCAUUAAAUUCUAAUUACAAGAAUGGUUUAUCAAUUUAGUAUAACUGUUAGAAGAAGAUCAAAUUAAUAGAAUACCAAAUAGAUUUAAUUGUUCAAAGUGUAGCUAUUCAAGAGUUAAUUAUCGUUGUAGACAAUUCUAAAUUCUAAAUAAAGCAGAUACUCUAUAAUGAAUUUGAGGAGUAAAUCAUUUUAUUAACUGCAUUUAUUUGA